AUGGCAACGGCUUUUCAGAACCAGCAAUAUCCCGGUCUCGCUCACGCGCGGGAGUGGACGCUCAUGAAGGUAUCCUAUUAUCGAGCUCCCCUGUCUGCGGCCCCUCUCGCUUUCACAUUGCACCGCCACAAGGGAGCUUUGAAGGUCCAGGCACAGCGCAGAGGCCAAGAGGGCCAGCCCAAGGGGGUUAAGGCCAAGCAAGUGGAUGCGCCCCCAAAACUGCACUGA